GCAGUAUUCUGUGGACAAGUGAGGGACUGUUUGCAGGACUGUUCGCAGUAUGUUUGCCACUCUGCCCGCUCUUUCUUAAGUGCGCUUGCACACGAGGACACUUCAACAAUCAACAAAAUGUCUUUGUCCGGCGGGCCCCGUGCUAUUGCAAUCCUUGGCGGUUUCGUCGUGGUGAGCCAAGUGUUCCUUGCGAUGCAGUUGCAGUCGAUUAGAAAGUCGCUAGGCUUUGACGAGAUGAGGAACACGCUUGAUGCGAUGGGGAGCGAAAUAGUGAGCAAAGUGGACGCGAUGGGGAACAAGUUUGAUGCGAUGCGGAGCGAGUUCGACCAAGAGUUCGACGCGAUUGGGAGCAAGCUUGACGCGCUGCUGGAGAAGCGUUAGGCUAAGGCCGCGGCCGCGUACGUACGGCAAGUGGGGACUUAUGGGAUCUCCGCGCCAUGUCUACUGCAGCCGGCCGCUAGCUACUACGUACGGUGCUAGCUAGCUAGUAGAUACGGUAGUGCCGGGGUUGGAUGUGGAGUUUGUCGCGGUGCGUCGGUUGGGACCUGCCAGUUGUAGCGGUUGGGAUUGGCCGCCCCGCCGGCAAGUGCGCGGCAGCGGCCGAUUCGUUGUCAGUGUAUGCAUGCGGGGCUGUUUGUUGCAGCAGAGGCUGCGGCGGCCGGGUGACUGGCCGUGUGUCGUGAGCAGGUUGUGUGCGUGUGUUGCGUGAUUGGGUCCGGGUGCCGGUCCGUGUGUCAGGCCCGGGUAGGUUAAGAGGGAGACCCGCAGCUGUUGCAACAGACACCAUGUGCGUGCACCUUGGGCUGCUUGCUGAGCAGCCCGCAAGCAGUGCGCCAUGGAAGGUGCGUAUGUAGCACGUCUUCUGACUGAGAGUUAGAGGCGUUCAGUCAUGAGACUACAGUCUACAGAUGUUGGCUUCGCCCCAUUGUCUUUUCAGACAAGGGCAUUACCAAGUAUCUGACUC